ACGGCAGUGUUUCGCUUGCGCAGCAGCGUGUCACGUCGCGCCAGCUUCGAGGGAUCCCCGUCGUCGGAAGCCCCGCCAAGUCUCGGGCAUCGGGCGAGGGAGCGAGCCCGUCUGCGCUCGUGAUAAAAUCGCGUGAGCGUAAUCGUUGUGGGAGAAAGAACGUAGAAAAAGAAGAGGAAAGAGCGGAAAGCUCGCGUGUUCGAAAUUCGUUUCGUGUCGUCCCGCGUCCGUUGUCCCUACGGCCGCGGAAGAUGGCUCCGUCGUGUUUCGAGGUGAUCCUCGUCGGUUUUAUCCUCGUGCUGCCGUUUCUCUACGAGACCAGCCGCACCUUCCGUUAUUACUUCAAGUUCCUCAUUUAUUAUGGUGUCGUGAUGAUGACCGCAGUCGUGCUCAUGCCCAUCCUCUCGUUGCGGCCUGGCAAUAUCAAGAACUUCCUAAUAGCAUCGUGGUCGUGUCAACACAUUAGCACUCUGCUAGGACUGCGAUGGGAACUGCGAGGAAGGGAGCACUUGGAGAAGAAUAGGGCUUGUAUAAUUGUGGUAAAUCAUCAGAGCUCAUUAGACGUAUUGGGAAUGUUUGAUCUUUGGCCGGUGAUGGACAAAUGCACUGCUGUUGCCAAAAAAGAAAUUUUCUAUGCAUGGCCGGUCGGCUUGGCCGCAUGGUUGUGCGGUCUAAUUUUCAUCGAUAGAAUGAAUUCCGAGAAAGCGCGAUCCGCCCUCAAUACCGCCACGAAGGAGAUCAAGGAUAAGAAGAUUAAACUGUGGAUAUUCCCUGAGGGAACUAGACGUAACACUGGUGAGAUACAUCCUUUCAAGAAGGGUGCCUUCCAUGUCGCGAUCAGAUCGCAGUUACCCAUACUACCAGUUGUAUUCUCUUCUUAUUAUUUCUUAUCCGCGAAAGAGAAGAGAUUUGAUUCCGGACGCAUCGUCGUGACGACAUUACCACCCAUUUCAACUGAGGGACUCAGUACGGACGACGUAGAAGAAUUAAUGGAAAAGACACGAAGCACCAUGAGUGAAGUAUUUCACGCGACAAGUCGUGAAAUUCAACAAUCCCUUCCUGUUCGGUAAGAAUACAUCGAAUGAUCAUUAUUAGACUGUAACGGGCUCAUCUUAUUAAAAAAUGAGCAAAUGCUUACUUCUUUACAAGCCGUGGGGGAAAACAUUUUUUACGAAACAUAACAUAGGUCGAGACAAGAUCUUCGAAAUUUUUAAUUUUUCAUAGAUAUUGAGAA